CCCCACGCACGCGCACAGCGGCGCUCUGCUCAGGCCGGUGGGCAAGGCGCCGAGCACUUCCGGGCUGGGCCGGGCGGUGGGCGCUGCGGCUGGCACCAUGUCCUGCUCGCUGCUCCCCUUCUGCCACUUCCAGGACCUGGAGGCGGCCCGGGACUUCCUGUGCCCGUAUCUCCGCCAGGGCGGCGCCGCGGCUGCCAAGGGGAGCGUAGAUAAAUCACCAAACUGGGAAGAUGAUGGCUGGGGAGCCUGGGAUGAAGCAGAAACACAAGAACCUGAAGAAGAAGAAGCAGAAGAAGAAUCCACUUGCAAGACACAGACAAGUUACUGGCUUCAAGACUGUGUGUUAUCCUUGUCACCAGCAAAUGAUCUGAUGGUAAUAGCUCGUGAGCAGAAAGCUGUCUUUUUAGUGCCAAAAUGGAAAUAUAGCGACAAGGGAAAGGAGGAAAUGCAAUAUGCUGUUGGUUGGAGUGGCUCUCUGAAUGUUGAAGAAGGUGAAUGUGUAAGUAGUGCAUUGUGCAUUCCACUGGCAAGCCAAAAGAGGAGCUCUACAGGCCGUCCUGACUGGACCUGCAUCGUUGUAGGUUUUACCUCUGGCUACGUCCGUUUCUACACUGAGACUGGAGUCCUACUUCUUGCACAGCUCUUAAAUGAAGAUCCUGUCCUACAGCUUAAAUGCAGAACCUAUGAGGUUCCACGGCAUCCUGGAGUCACAGAACAGAAUGAAGAACUGAGUAUCCUGUAUCCAGCAGCAGUUGUGACUAUUGAUGGUUUCAGCCUCUUUCAGUCCCUUCGUGCUUGUCGUAAUCAGGUAGCAAGAGCUGCAGCAUCUGGCAAUGAGAACAUACAACCCCCACCAUUAGCCUAUAAGAAGUGGGGUUUGCAGGAUGUGGACUCCAUAGUUGACCAUGCCAGUGUGGGUCUCAUGACUCUGUCUCCUUUUGAUCAAAUGAAGACUGCCUCCAAUAUAGGUGGUUAUAAUGCAGCUAUAAAGAAUAGUCCACCUACUAUGUCUCAGUACAUUACUGUAGGCUCCAAUCCUUUCACUGGUUUCUUUUAUGCCCUGGAGGGUAGCACGCAGCCAUUGUUGUCUCAUGUUGCAUUAGCAGUCGCUAGUAAACUGACUUCAGCAUUCUUUAAUGCUGCCAGUGGCUGGCUUGGUUGGAAGAGUAAACAUGAAGAAGAGGCUGUCCAAAAGCAGAAACCAAAAGUUGAACCUGCUACCCCUUUAGCUGUGAGGUUUGGACUUCCAGAUUCCCGGCGCCAUGGUGAAAGCAUAUGUCUGUCUCCAUGUAACUCGUUGGCAGCAGUAACUGAUGACUUUGGAAGAGUUCUUUUACUGGAUGUUACACGAGGACUUGCCAUUCGCAUGUGGAAAGGAUAUCGUGAUGCACAAAUUGGUUGGAUUCAGACUGUAGAAGACCUUCACGAAAGAGAAGCUGAAAAGACGGAUUUUUCUCCUUUUGGAAGUACUCGAAGUCCAAGUAGAGUGGCUCAAUUUCUUGUGAUCUAUGCUCCAAGAAGAGGAAUCCUGGAAGUGUGGAGCACUCAGCAAGGACCCCGGGUUGGUGCCUUCAAUGUAGGGAAACACUGUAGGUUGCUGUAUCCUGGCUAUAAAAUAAUGGGUUUAAACAAUAUGACUAGUCAAGGUUGGCAGUCUCAGACUUACCAGAUCUGUCUUGUUGAUCCAGUGUCUGGAAGCAUAAAAACUGUUCAUGUACCUUUCCAUUUAGCACUAAGUGAUAAAAAGAGUGAACGAGCAAAAGAUAUGCAUCUAGUGAAGAAGUUAAGUGCUUUACUCAAAGCUAAAACCUCAAAUCUGGACAUGGUUGAAGCUGAAGCAAAGGAAUUAAUUCUUGAUAUUAAAUACCCUGCUACAAAAAAACAGGCUUUGGAAAGCAUAUUGGCAAGUGAACGUGUACCACUCUCCGCUCUCUCAAACAUCACUCAGACACUGAUGGACACCUUAAAAAACCAGGAAUUUGUGUGUGUUGAUGAAGGGUUGCUCCAGUUUUGUGCAAAUAAGUUAAAGCUGCUGCAUCUAUAUGAGUCAGUCAGCAAACUGAAUUCUUUGAGCAUGCAGCCAAGCACUCCACUCUCUGAUAAUGAUUUGGCUAAACUACUCAGGCUGGAUGACAAAGAGUUUGCUAGGCUCCAGACGUUAUUGGAAAACUACAAGCAAGAGAACACCCAAACCACCGUUCGAUUUGCUGAUGACAAAGAUGGUAUAUUGCCUGUGAAAAUGUUUUUGGAGUAUUUAGAAUAUGAAAAGGACAUGAUUCUAGUGAAGAAACUAGAUGAAGGAGAAUACGUGGCUUUAGGGAGCUUUUUUUUCUGGAAAUGUUUGUGUGGAGAGAGUUCCACAGAGGAAAUGUGCCAUACACUGGAGUCUGCAGGAUUUAGCCCUCAGCUAUUAUUGUCUCUGCUUCUCAGUGUGUGGCUUUCCAAGGAAAAAGAUAUUCUAGAUGAACCACAGUCUAUCUGCUGUCUUCACACUAUGCUGUCCCUUCUGAGCAAAAUGAAAGUUGCGAUAGAUGAGUCUUGGGAUUCUCAAUCAGUUUCCCCCUGGUGGCAGCAAAUGCGCACAGCUUGUAUUCAGUCUGAAAAUAAUGGAGCUGCCUUAUUAUCUGCACACGUUGGGCAUUCUGUAACUGCACAGAUCACUGACAGUAUGGCAGAAAAAAAAUUUUCCCAAACAGUUGUAGGUGCUGACACAGAUUCCUGGGAAGCACUUUCCCUUGAUACUGAAUAUUGGAAACUUCUGCUGAAACAAUUAGAAGAUUGUCUCAUACUUCAGAUACUACUGCACAGUAAAGUGAGAACAAGGAUAACCAGAGUAUCAUCUCUGCAGGCUGAGCCACUCUGCAGACUCUCUGUAAAGAAGUUGCUUGAAGGAGGGAAAGGAGGUAUUGCUGACAGUGUAGCAAAAUGGAUUUUCAAACAAGACUUCAGUCCCAUAAUACUGAAGCUGGCACAACGGAAAAAAGAGACAGAAAGUACAGAGGAACCUGUAGAAAUUGACAGGAAUGUUUCCCUUGAGAAACAAGGAGCAGAGACGGGCAUGGAAACAAUCCUAGAGUUGCUGCAUUUAGCAUAUCAGCAGUUUCCUUGUAGUCUUGAAUUGGAUAUACUACACACGCAUUGUUGUUGGGAAUAUGUAGUGCAAUGGAAUAAAGAUCCGGAGGAAGCACGUUUUCUCAUUAGAUCUAUAGAUCACCUCAGAUGCAUUGUUAAUGCCCACAUACAGCAUGGUAUUGCUCUAAUGAUGUGGAAUACAUUUAUAGUAAAAAGGCUCUCUGCUGCUACGUACCUAAUGGACAAGGUUGGAAAAGCUCCGAAGGACAGAUUAUGCAGAAGGGAUGUAGGUAUGGGUGAUACUGCAAUGACAUCUUUUCUUGGCUCAUGUUCAGAUCUUCUUCAAACCUUAAUGGAGGCUGAUGUUAGUAGUGAUGAAAUGCAAGCUCCAGUAUUGGACAUAGAAGAUGCCUGGGUGUCAGCUGAAGGACCAAUCUCAAUAGUAGAGCUAGCCCUGGAGCAGAAACACAUCCACUACCCACUUGUCGAACACCAGUCGGUAUUGUGCACUAUAUUAUACGGAAUCAUGAGGUUUUCUCUGAAGAGUGUGAAACCUCUCUCACUAUUUGACAGUAAGGGCAAAAAUGCAUUUUUCAAAGACCUGACUUCAAUUCAGUUGCUGCCCAGUGGGGAUAUGGAUCCAAACGUGUUAUCCAUACGCCAACAAUUCUUAAUGAAAGCUGUGAGUGCAAUGGUACAAGGCCAGUGCUCCGCACAAAAGGCCAGAGGGCUCCCAGAAGAGGCACCACUUCCUGCUGAAAAAGACAAGGACUGGCCAACUUUGGCUCUGGAUUUGGCACAGCACCUUCAGCUCAGUGAGGAUGUGAUUAGAAGGCAUUAUGUGUGUGAACUGUAUAAUUACGGCCUGGAUCAUCUCGGAGAAGAGGCCAUUCUUCAAGUGCAUGACAAAGAAGUGCUUGCAUCACAGCUACUUGUGCUGACAGGCCAGAGACUGGCCUAUGCUUUACUACACACACAGACGAAAGAAGGCAUGGAGCUGCUGGCCAGACUUCCUCCGACACUAUGUACCUGGCUUAAAGCUAUGGACCCACACGAUCUUCAAAAUGUCGAAGUGCCAAUUGCAACAACAGCGAAACUCGUAAACAAAGUAAUAGAGCACUUACCGGAAAACCACGGGCAAUAUAGCCUUGCCUUGAAUCUGAUCGAGGCUGUAGAAGCAAUCUCUUCAUGACAAUUUACGUACUAGUUUUAAACACUUCUGCUGUAAGAUGAGGUAGUGCAUGAUUUUACACACUGAGGCUGACCUUUGUAAAGGGAAACAUUCAUGUGGCUUUUGUAAAAUAAACUAAUUUAAAAAGCAAAUGCUUUUACAAUGGAGUCUAUCUAAGUUCCACCCUAUUGUGCAUAAUAUAUUAGGAGCUAGUAAUCUUUGUACAUUUGUCAAUAACUCAAGUGCUCCACUAUUUAUUUCUAACUCAAGCACUUCUGCUCUAGCUUAAAUAGAUUGUUACAUUUAACAGCAGUUUUAUUCCACUUAUUUACAAAUUAUAUUCUUACCCUAACAUGUGAGAUUCUAUAUUUCAUACUCUGAAAAAACGUUAAAUGUAUUUUCCAUAUAUGCUUGGUUAUUGGACAACAGUCAGUUGCAUAAAUCUGUAUCAUGUAAGGAAAAAUGUUAGGCUAUCAUGUUUUUCUGAAAUAAAAAUGGUCGUGUUUAAUUUCCAUAAAAGAGUUCUAUUCUGAAGGGCCCCUAGUAGUUAAUCUUCAGAGGAGCCAGAGUUGAUGGAGGGGCUCACUUCCUGUAACAGCAGUACAAAACACCUUGCAUUCUCAAUGAGGAUAAAAUUAGAAAGAGGAACGCACCCAUCAAAGUUCAGGUAUUGGGGAAGAAUACUCUUAAGACCAUCAAUGUAGAAACAAACAUCACUUUACCAAUAAGGCCUCACCCAAACAAGAUUGGAGCGUAAGUUUCCUAGUGCGGCUGUUAUGGAAAUCCUGGUGAAGUUAGGACUCCAGGAUCAAGCCCCUGGUCUUAAUACUUCACUUGCUUAAAUGAGUUAUUUAGAACACACUCUUUCUGGUAAGAGUAGAACUACACCAUGGGAUAAUGCACCCUCUGGGGUGUGAUUUCUAAAGUGCAUUAACGUGUGAUACAUUAAAACAGCAUUAUGUUAAAAUGUGCUAGGGAACUUCUAGUGGGUACCAGCAGGGUCGAUACAGACCAAUUAAAGUAUAAGAUGUUAACAUGCUUUAGAAAUCAUACCCUUGUAGUGUGCAUUAUUGCCCACUAUGCUGAAGAUCUGUAAUACAGAAAACCUGCGUUUUACAAAACCUUGUGUGUUCUUCGUAGUACAGUGCCACAGGAUAUCUGUAUUAGGAAGCCAGAAUCCUUAAGUUUUGGGUGGUAUUUUUCAAGCCAUCAGAAGCAGACCACCAUUCUUAUCUUACAGCAGCUGAGUAUCCCUGUUGUCCUCUGAUAUACAUGUUUUCUGUGAACAUCAGGACUGGAAGUAUGAUUCUCACCAAUUCCUGGCUUGAGCCUGUAUCAGUUAUAAUGGAAACAGCUAGCUGACUCCUGUAACUUGCACCUGUCUGCAAUUGUUAACUAUACACAGAAUCAUAAAUCUACCUUAUUAUAUAAAGGAAUUUGGUGAUAACAAUAGGACAUAGGAUUUACCAGUACUAGAAGUAACCUACUCAGUAGUGAUUACCUUCUCUGAGGUGUGCUGCUGUUAUCAGGGAACUACUGUUAAAACAGGAACAAGAACAGUUUGUGGAGGUGGGGAUUGCCACUCCCUUGUAGAAUGACAAGCUACAAGAAGGGUUCACUUGAAAUAAACACUUUUAAAGUGACAGACAGUCUGAAGUUUACUUAUUCAGUAUUCUUGGCUCUUAAUGUACAGAAAUCAGUUUACAAUGCUACUUCACCUCUAGCAAUAUGGAGGCUUUUUGAAAAACACAGCAUUCUGUUUUGCAUUUUAAAGAAUAUAGCUAUAAUUCAUUUACGCCUAUUGCUGUUGUAUGACAUUAUGGUUACCAUGAAGGGUAUUGUGCUAGUGAAAGCAAAUAAUGGCCAGUACCUGCCAACUUUAUAGACUGAUUCAGUAUAUUGACAAGCUAAAUACUGGUAAGAGACAUGUGGCUGUCUGAGAUGUUCUAGGGUAAGAUUGUAGGGCAGUUUCCUCUGAGGCUACUGUAGGCCUUAUUAUAUGAUGCCUUGUCUAGACGCGAUAAAUCGACCCCCGUGCACUCCAUCGACUCCUGUACUCCACCGGCACAAGAGGCGCAGGCAGAGUUGACGGGGGAGCGGCAGCAGUCGACUCAGCACGGUGAAGACACCACAGUAAGUUGAUGUAAGUAUGUCGACUUCAGCUACGCUAUUCACGUAGAUGAAGUUGCGUAACUUAGAUCAAUUCCGCCCCCCCGUGUAGACCAGGCCUAAGGGUUGUUUCUUGUUUACAUUAAAUCCCUUCGCGCUACCAGAGCAGCAUGAAGGAACUUAGUGUAAUUGAGAAUCAAGGCCUAAGGUGUUAUGUGAAACACUUUACAUCAACCCUGUAAUGUACUGUAAGUAAUAAGAUUAUGUAUAUACUGCUAUUUUCUGUGUCACUUGCUGUGGAGUUGUGUAAAUCAAAUAAACUUGGGAUUUGAUUCUA